AUGGGAAGGCCAAAAAAGGCUGGGAAGACAAAGCCUUCCAAAAGGCCAGUGGAGGAACCAGAAAGGUCAGCCCCUGUAGAGAAUGUCGAAGUGGUUACUCAGGAAAGUGAAACCAUGCCAGAAACUCAGCAGGCAGAAAGGGAGGGUGAACAACAAGUGAAUGAGCUUGAGAAUGAAGAAAAGAAGAAAGGCAGAGGUCCUGGAAUAGGGGUGAAGCCGGGUCAUGGCAUUCACCUUGAGAUACAUGACAACAGGAUCGUAACACCACAGGCUGCCCAUGAACUCACUGCCAUCUUCAAAAGGAGCAUCACUGGACCAUGGAUAAGGUUCUCAGAGUACCCUGCUUCUGCUUUGCAGACCGUGAUUGCUCGUUUCAAGAAAUCUGGGUUCACAUGCUCUCUGCCAGAGGAAGAACUCAAUGUUCAUCUCAAGGAACAUAUCAAGAGGAACUUUUCCCAGUGGAUGUAUGGGUUCCGUAACCGAGUAUUCUCUGAACAUGCUACCCUUGCUGAAAGGCUUAACAAUCCACCUACUGAAAUCCCUGCUCAUAUUUGGAGGGAUAUGGUUAACAAGUGGAGUGACCCAAACUGGAAGAGCACCAGUGAUAAGAACAAAGCCAAUCGUGAGAAGUCUGAGAUCACUGCUACUGGAGGAUCUGUUCCCAUGGCAAAUUUUAGGCUUGAUCAGAUCAAGAAGACUGGAAAAGAACCAGAUCCUAUAGAGACAUUCAAGAAGUUCCAUGUUAAGAAGGCCAAUGGUGAAUUCACCACCCCAAAAGCUCAGACUAUACAUGCUGAAUUGAAGAAUAAGGAAGCUGAGAAGUUGACUCAAGGGGAAGAGGUGAACCAGUUUGCGAUUUAUGGUGAGGUUGUAGGAAAACAGUCUAGGAAACGUGUGCUGGGAAUGGGUUAUGGUGUAAGUGGUGUGGAUGUGUUUGGCCCUACCUCCGGUCAGGGCUGCAACAAAAGGUGCGAAGAGGACCGAAGGCAAGAGAAGGUGAAGAAUGAUGAGAUGAUAAGCAUGCUGAAAGAAGAGCUAGUUCAGGUGAAGAAUGGAAUUCCUCAGAUUGUCGAGGACACCUUGAAGAGGCUAGGAGUUACUUUGGUAGAGUCCUCAAUGGCUGGAGACUAG